AAUAACCCUAAAACUCCAAAACCCUAACAUUUUUGUUAUUGGUAGCAACGAUGAAGAGACGCUGUUCAUCAUCGGAUUCCUCAUCUUCAUCGUCGGAUUCUUCUUCAUCUUCAUCGUCGGAUUUCUCUUCAUCUUCAUCGUCGGAUUCCUCUUCAUCUUCAUCGUCGGAUUCCUCUUCAUCAUCAUCUUCAUCGGAGAAGGAAAUUUCUACUAAGCUUUCCGUGCUGAACAACAAGAACAAUAAGAAACCUAAACUUCAAGAAAAGGGAAACCCUAACGGUAAAACCCCCGUUAUUAAGAAACAACCACCAACAAUGACUCGUUGUGACAAUGUGGAGAUGAGUGCUGCAACUGCAACUACUGCAGACGUGAAGGUUUAUCCAGAUUCCUACGUGUACGAGGUCGAUAUGCCGGGAUUGAAAUCUGCUGGAGAGAUAAAGGUUUGGCUUGAUGAUGAUUAUCUUGUGGUUAGCGGAGAGAGGAAGAGGGAAGAAGGUGUCGAGUAUUUGAUGAUGGGGCGAAAGGUUGGGAAGUUCAUGCACAGAUUUGUUCUUCCUAAGAAUGCUGAUGCUGAUGCUGUUUCUGCUAUUUGUAAAAAUGGAGUGCUUAGUGUUACUGUUCAGAAAUUGCCUCCUCCUCCUCAGCCUAAGAACCCUAGAAGAAAUGUUCAGGUUUUCAUGGCUUGAAACCAUGUGGUGAUUAACAUUUUUUAAAUCGACUGUUAGCAUUACAAAUUAGUAAUUUUGUAACUGUUUUGAAAUGGUUCUGUUUGUAAGCUUCUGGUUUAUGAUGAUAUAUGUAUGGUAGAUUUAUUUUUAAUCUAAAGUUUGUGUU